UAGAAGUUCCUGUUCUACACAGAUUUAAACGCCGGAACACCCGACAACGCCUUAGCAACCCUCAGUCAUAGACAGCCAAUCGAAACGCGCCAAACUGUUGCCAAUCCAAAAUGGCCUCCAAGCAGAUGCUGCUGUCCGCCGGGGAGGAAAAUCCAAUAAGGAAAAUACGGAGCAGGACCGAGCUGACUUCGCAGCCCGUGAGGACAAUCAGAACUUAUUGCAACGCAGUCUUCCAAGCAGAACAGACCCAAGGUCUUCCAAUUGCAGUAGCUAUCCGAUUUGGCAGUCGACCGUUGAGAGUUAUGCAGCAUCCGCAUCCCAGUGACCAGCCCACCUACAUGCCGGAGGUUCCGUUCCAGCCCCUUUGGGGUCAGGAAGCCCCACCGCCGCCCAUAGUGCCGUACCAGGAGCUCAUCGCCGGAUUUCCCUGCUCCGAUUUGUCUCUGUGGCAGCGCUCGCAAGUAACUCCCCUGGUGGCCCAGCGUCCGUCGACAAAUGGAAGGGCCAACGGCUCGUCCAGCUCCUCGAAGAAAACCCGUCGCCGAGUGGCCUCGAUGGCCCAAAGGAGAGCUGCAAAUAUCCGCGAACGCCGACGGAUGUUCAACCUGAACGAGGCUUUCGAUAAACUGCGCCGCAAAGUGCCCACCUUCGCCUACGAGAAGCGACUGUCCCGCAUCGAAACCCUUCGACUGGCCAUCACCUACAUCGGGUUCAUGGCGGAGCUGCUCAGCGGCACGCCCUCGAAUUCCCACAAGUCCCGCUCGGACGUCUAUGGCAGCAUCAACGGACACCAUCAGGCGCCACCGCCGGCGAUCCAUCCUCACCACUUGCAUCCGGCGGCAGCCUAUCAACGCGACUUUGCGUCGCCCUACAAUCACAGUUUGACCUAGAAAAGUUAGUCGGGACACAAAAUUAUAUAAUACAGCUAUUAUAAUAUUAGCUUCAUAUAUAGCUUGAAACUGAUUUGGCAAUAUUCUUUUUCUGUGACUCAAAUAACCUAUAAAAUAAUUAGACACAUUAAGAGAACGCUUUCCUAGAAAUUUCCAUAUUCAUUGUCAGAAAAAUUUAGGUU